GAGGGGGUACGUCAACGCUCCGACUUCCUCCCGACGCCGCCUCUGAUUGGCUCCUGGGCAUAUAAGAAACCAGUGAAUGAGCAGCCGGCCUUUGCAGAAACUUGCCGGAGGUCUUUGGGUGGCAUCUCCCCUGCGUCCUUGUUAACCCGCGGGGCUAGCCGACCCGGGAGAGGAUGAGGUCGUCCUUUGUGGUGCUCACCGCGCUGGUGGCGCUGGCCGCUUAUUACAUCUACAUCCCCCUGCCCAGCUCCGUGUCGGAACCCUGGAAGCUGAUGCUGCUGGACGCGACUUUCCGGGGCGCACAGCAAGUGAGUAACCUGAUCCACUACCUGGGCCUGAGCCAUCAUCUGCUCGCACUGAAUUUUAUCAUCCUGUGUUUCGGCAAGAAAAGCGCCUGGUCCUCUGCCCAGGUGAAGGUGACCGACACUGAUUUUGACAGUGUGGAAGUCAGAGUGUUUGAAGGCCCUCCAAAGCCAGAAGAACCACUGAAACGCAGUGUGGUUUAUAUCCACGGAGGAGGCUGGGCCCUGGGAAGCGCAAAAAUCAAAUAUUAUGAUGAGCUGUGUACAGCAAUGGCUGAAGAAUUGAACGCUGUCAUUGUCUCCAUUGAAUACCGGCUAGUUCCCAACGUUUAUUUUCCUGCUCAAAUUCACGAUGUUGAACGUGCCACGAAGUACUUCCUGCAGCCAGAAGUCUUACAGAAGUAUUCGGUUGACCCUGGCAGAGUUGGCAUUUCUGGUGACAGUGCUGGUGGGAAUUUGGCUGCUGCCCUGAGCCAACAGUUUAGUCAAGAUGCCAGCCUGAAAAACAAGCUCAAAGUGCAAGCUUUAAUUUAUCCUGUUCUUCAAGCCUUAGAUUUUAACACACCCUCCUAUCAGCAAAAUGUCAACAUCCCAAUCGUGCCCCGUUACGUGAUGGUAAAGUACUGGAUAGACUACUUCAAAGGCAACCAUGACUUUAUCCAGGCAAUGAUAGUCAACAACCACACUUCCCUUGAUGUGGAAGAGGCUGCUGCCCUCAGGGCCCGUCUAAACUGGACGUCCCUCUUGCCCACAUCCAUCACCAAGAACUACAAGCCUGUCAUGCAGACCACCGGCAAUGCCAGGAUCAUCCGGGAGAUCCCUCAGCUGCUGGAUGCCCGUUCUGCCCCACUCAUCGCAGACCAGGAAGUCCUGCAGCACCUCCCCAAGACCUAUAUUCUGACGUGUGAGCACGACGUCCUAAGAGACGAUGGGAUCAUGUAUGCAAAGCGUUUGGAGAGUGCAGGUGUGAAGGUGACCCUCGACCAUUUUGAGGAUGGCUUCCACGGGUGCAUGAUUUUCACCAGCUGGCCCACCAACUUCUCAGUGGGACUCCGGACUAGGAAUAGUUACAUCAAGUGGCUGGAUCAAAACCUGUAAAGGAGUAAAAUUUCUGGAAUGCUUGUGCCCCUCUUGACCUCCUGUACCUGCUUGGGAAAGACAUGCACUUUUUAGUCGACUAAUUUCCCCCUCAUUACUCGUGAGUUAUGGAACCUCUAUUCCCUGCUGUGUGCUAAUUUAAUUUUUUAAAUACAUUUGACUAACGUAAGUGCAAAAACAUCUAAAUCUGGUUCUCAAAGUGGGGCCAGUCUCUCUAUUCUUGUUUUAGCCAAACUACUACAAAUACCCACCACUGCAGGAAGCAGGACUAGGAGCCAGAAAUAGCUGUGGGUCCUGCUGUCAAGUGCUUCUUUGUAGAAGAAAUUCUUCCAGCUGUGGGUAAUAUAGUGACCUUUAAUGAGUUGAGAAAAUGUGGGCUCUUCUUCAACUUGCCAGAGUUUACUUUGAGUUCUGAGGACUGUUCAGUUAAAUGGGUGCACUUUAGGUUCAGAACUGGGUACCCAGUGCUCUCUGUCCUUUGUGGAUGGAUGGUUUUGUUUCCUAUGGGAAUUUCGGCAAAGGUGUUCUAGCAAGGACAAGUUUCUCAAAUGACUUUCUUCCUUUAGAGUGUUAAGUUUAUGAGAUAGCUGUCUGUAAGUCCAGUUGGAUUAUGAUGAUACUUGAAAGUUACCUUCUACCACCCUUAUUAGAAAACAUAAGGUUGCAUGCACUGGAUAUCUGUACAUCGAGUUUUGGUUAUACUGUCUCCUUGGGGGAGAACUUUUGG